AAUAAACAAAACCUUCACAAUUGUAACUUAAUUGUGAAGGUAAUUUUAAUCUCCUUGAAUUUUGUGUUUAAUUUACAGAAUAAUUAAUCUAAUUAUAGUUUCGGGCUGGUCAUCAUUUGAUUGUAAUUAAUUUUCUACAGAUAAUCACCAUUGGUUUUAAUUGGUUUCUUUCAUUUCACUUUCUCUGUUUACUCUGUUUACCCAAAAAUCUUGUCUUGGGUUAUGUUUAUUUUUGAGUCAAUUUUUUUUCUCAGGACUGAACAAAUUUGAUUGGAAACUACUUCACCUGCUGUAAUACUUAAUAAGGAAUCCCAACCAAGCCCUACAAAUAUCUCAUCUUAAAUUCUUGCAAACAAUAAAUCAACUGUGAGCUUCCAAAGUUAAAAUUUUCCUUUUGUGACAAAGUGAUAAAUCUCAAUGUAAUAAUAUUUUCGACCAUCUCUUGGCUGAAGAAACGUCUCACAACUAAAACGAAGAAGGAGAAAAGGAGAGACUUUUUAUCAUUUGUUCUCUUCCUGGACUCUCAAUUUCUAUUUACCUCCUUCCUUACUUUCUAAAUUUAUCCAAAUCAGAUGGUCAUCAAAUAGAGAAAAUAUCUGGUUUUUCUCUCUCCCUCUCUUCGUUUCAUCUCAUCUUCUCUUCACUUUCUACCUUAACUGUUGAAUCAAAGUCACAAUAUACAUAUAUAAAUGUCUCUCUCAGAGAAAUCCAGGCCUUCUCAAUUACAGCCAAUCUACACCAGUAAGGCUCACGUCUUCCAUAUUGAUCCACAAACGAAGCGAUCCUGGAUACCGGCUUCCUGUCAAGCAGUAAAUGUUUGUUUCUUUCACGAUCCAUCGCUUAACAUUUAUCGUAUUAUCUCAGUUGAAGACAAUAAACCUGUAAUCAAUAGUACAGUUACACCUAAGAUGACUUUUACCAAGACCAGUCAAAAGUUUGGCCAAUGGUCAGAUAUUCGUGCAAAUACUGUUUAUGGUCUUGGAUUUGCCUCUGAACCAGAUUUAAAUAAAUUUAUUGAAAAAUUUCAAGAAAUCAAAGAAGCCUCUCGAACCUCUUCAGAUCACAAGGGAUCACAUCAUCAUCAUCAUCAACCAAAUGGUGGUAAUCAUCAUACUGAUUCUGGAUCAAUCAUUUGUCCACCAAGUAAAAGUCCAACACCUCAUCGAAGUACAACAGUUUCAUCAAGUACCGGAGAAACUAUGAACGAAGAUAUUUUAAAUACUCAUCAUCUUAUUUUAAGUGUUUCUGGUGCUGGAAGUGGUGGUGGUGGUGGUGGUGAUACAAAUGAACCCAAUUCAUUGCCCAUUGAGCAUAAUGAGAUAACCUCAUCUUCUGGUACCCUUACAAAGAGCGGAACCUUAAGUGCUCACCAGCGUAGCCAAAGUUUAUCUGGUUUACAAGUGACCAAAUUACUCAAUGAAUCUCCCAAUAAACAUGGUACUCUUGGUUCAACCAAAGAUAAACUAGGAUCGACCAUUAUGCUUCCCCAGUCAACAACGGAAGCUCAAUUAAGAUAUGAGAAUGAACGUUUGAAAUUAGCUUUAGCUCAAAGUUCAGCCAAUGCCAAGAAAUGGGAGAUUGAACUUCAAACGUUAAAGAAUAAUAAUUCUCGUUUAACUGGAGCCCUUCAAGAAUCAACGGUUAACGUUGAAGAAUGGAAACGUCAAUUACAAUCAUUGAAGGAAGAAAAUGGUAAAAUGAGAAUGAGAAUAUUGGAAUUGGAAGCUAGUCAUGGUGAUCCAGAAGCAAUCGAUGAAUUAGGUAAAGAGAUGAACAAUUUACGAACAAGUGCUGCCUCAUUAGAAUCAACAAUUAAAGGAAAAGACAAAGAGAUUGAAUUAUUAAAGAAAAGCCUUGAAUCUCAUGUUUCGGUUAAUGGUGCCAGUCAAAAAGUCGAAGAUAAAUUGAAUCUAUUAUUAGCUGAGAAUGAAAAUCUUCGAAGUCAAUUGAGCCAAUUGCAAGACCAUAGUGAUAAUAAUAUAACCAAAUUCUCGGACAAAGCAAAGAAAGGAAUGCUUGACCAGGUCAAUCUAAGAUUGGGUCAAAAUAUUCAAGAAUUACGAACAAUUCAUCAAGAAUUCACUGCUUUGCUCAACGCUUCUUGAUUAACCCUUUCUCCCUGAGUUUCUCUCUCUCACACAACAAUUACAUACUUCAGAGCAAGCUACUCUUACGAUUACUAUAAUUAAGCAAUUAAUUACUUCACAUAUUACUCUUUCUUCCCUUUCUCACCUUUUGUUAUCCUUCCUCUCUCUCUCUCUCUGUCUCUUUCUUAUUUCAAUGAUCACCUUUAUCAAUCUUCACCAUUAACAACCAUAAUCGAGAGUUAAAUUCAACUCCAUCAUCAAAUCAAAACCAAAGUCUCCAGGAAUCAAUGUUACACUAAUUGUAAAUAUUUCUUAAUUAGUCACUUUGAUUAUUCAAAAAAUUUUUUUUUCUCUCUCCCUCUCUACUAUUUGAUAUCAAUGAAGCCAAUAUAAUUCAAGAAAUUAAUUGUAUUAAUAGUUAGAGGAAAUCAUAUACUUUGGGUCAUAAUAAUCAAUUAAUUACAUUUUUUUCACCUUAAUUCCUGUGAAACUUUGGUUUGAUCAUGAAUGUUUAUCAUUUGGAGUUUUAAUUUAGUUCCCUAAACUAUUAUAUUAUUUAAACUGUUAUCUCUCUCUCUCACUCAAUCAAUUUUAAUUCCCUUAGCAGCCAUUAUCAAUUAUCACAAUACAAUUAAGACUAAAAAUAAUUCCUGAUUAAAUCAAGUGCAACAACCAUGAUUAACAUCACCUGAUUAUAUAAUAACUGGAUCAAAACAAAUCAAACAUCCGAUCAGCAAACAACACAUUGUAUUUAUUAUCAUCAACAUCAAUCAACACACAUAACACAAUUUAAAUUUUAGCAAUUAUAAUUAGUUGAAAGCAA